UGCCUCCUUCCGGCGGCCGAGUUGCCAGUGCGCACGCGCGAGCGCCCAGCUGGGCCAGGCGCGGGCAGUCUGACGCCUGUGCUGGGGUCUGGACGUGCGGGGGUCUGGACUUGCGGGGACUCGGCCCUCGCUGCGGUCCGCGCAGCUCAGACUACGAGGGGAAGGGGCCGGUCACCCCGCGUCGUCGCCCCUGAGGCCUCCUCGCUGGGUCCGCGCGACACCCGGGCAGUGGCCCUUCUCAGCGCGUUCAGCCUCACCUGCCCGCGAGUGGCCCCAACCUUCAGAAAGAACAAGCCCAUUUACGCCAAGUCACGGUGAGGGCGGGACAGGCCCCAUCCAUCAUUGCUUACAGCAAGAGCUGUUGAGAGCCGACUAAGAUCUGCCUCUGCCCUGUCCCUGCGCCCCUGGGGACCAGCAGGCAAUAAUGAAGGUUCUUUUACUGAAAGACGCCAAGGACGACGCCUGUGGCCAGGAUCCAUACGUCAGGGAGUUAGGAUUACAUGGACUUGAGGCCACUUUGAUCCCGGUUCUAGCAUUUGAGUUUUUGUCUCUUCCCAGUUUCUCAGAGAAGCUGUGUCGUCCUGAAGACUACGGGGGCCUCAUCUUUACCAGCCCCAGAGCCGUGGAAGCAGCACAGCUGUGUUUGGAGAAAAGCAGUAAAGCUGAAGUCUGGGAAAGGUCUCUGAGAGAGAAAUGGAACGUGAAGUCGGUGUAUGUGGUGGGCGGUGCUACUGCGUCCCGAGUGAGUAGAAUCGGCCUGCGUGCGGACGGAGAACACAGUGGAACCGCGGAGAAGCUCGCGGAAUACAUCUGUUCCAGUGCGUCUCCAGGGCACGGGGGCCUACGUGGAUGUCUCCGCACUGCCAGGAGGCUGCCAUCCAGCCCAGUCUCUUCACUUGGAGAGAAGUCGCCGCUGCUGUGUGUCCUGCAGAAAUGUUAUAGCCCAGAACGGUGGGCCACUGUCACGGUCAAAGGACACAGCCAGGAGACUGUCAUGGGGCAGAAGCGUCCACCAUCUGCUGCCCGUGAAUCCGGGCUGCCUUUCUUCUCCAGCACCUGUGUCUGAGUCAAGGCUCCAUCUAGGGGUGGGGGGCAGCUCAGCCUGGCGUCACAGGGACCCCCCCCCCCCGCGCCGUGCCAUGUUGCGAAGCAAGGGUGCAGACUAAAAGCUCAUAGGACUGAACGGCUGAGUAGCCCCUUGAGCAUAAAGCCCCCGUGGCCGCCCUGUUGGCUGUGGAAUGUUCCGGAGUGUGGAUUGCUGCGGCCAUUUCUGCAACGUCAGCCCAGAAAGGGCAGCCGCUCACUCUUGGACAGCAGGUGUUGAAACGCAGCCGUGGCCGGCGCCGCGGCUCACUAGGCUAAUCCUCCGCCUAUGGCGCCAGCACACCGGGUUCUAGUCCCAGUCAGGGCACCGGAUUCUGUCCUGGUUGCCCCUCUUCCAGGCCAGCUCUCUGCUGUGGCCCAGGAGUGCAGUGGAGGAUGGCCCAAGGCCUUGGGCCCUGCACCCCAUGGGAGACCAGGAGAAGCACAUGGCUCCUGGCUUCGGAUUAGCGCGGCACACUUGCCGUGGCGGCCAUUGGAGGGUGAACCAAUGGCAAAAGGAAGACCUUUCUCUCUGUCUCUCUCUCUCACUGUUCACUCUGCCUGUCAAAAAAAAAAAAAACAAAA